AAACGCCGGUCCCCGGUGUGAUUGUUGCGCCACUGGCGCGCUCGACGCCACUUCCUGUAAACUUGACAGCUUGAGCCCAAUCUCCAAACCGUGAGCUGACGCGAGCGAACGCCGUUCAUGUGUGACGGCCACGACGAACCUCCCAACACUUUUUCGUUCCGUUUUCGCCACCAUGGUCACCCGCUCGUAGGUUUUUGUAUUUCGGGAGAAAUAAAGGAGACGGCGUGGCGCCGGGAGCGUGACGCGGACGCCGGCAACAAAGUAAGGAACGGACUCCCGACUCGAGUGUUGUUUGAUGGAGGCUGGGGAUGGAGCCCAGCUGCCGGCCACAGUCGCGGCCAGCCGGAGUGUGGAGAAAGCCUUGGAGGACGCCGCCGCCAGCGGGGCUCUCAACUUGGCCAACCGAAAACUCCGAGAGUUCCCCCGCAGCGCCAAGAACUAUGACCUAUCCGACAUUACACACGCAGAUCUGUCAAAAAAUCGUCUCUGUGAGCUGCCAGAGGAGCUCGGUCACUUGAUCUCACUGGAGACGCUCAGUCUUUACCACAAUGGGAUGCGUUCGCUCUCCCCCUGCCUGGGGAACCUCCAGGCCCUCACCUACCUCAAUCUCAGCCGUAACCUGUUGUCCAGUUUGUCCGCGUCCGUGUUUGAGCUUCCCCUCCUGCGAGUGCUCAUCGUCAGCAACAACAAGCUGUCUUCGCUGCCCGCCUCCGUCUUUGCCCUCGCACACCUGCGACAGCUGGACGUGAGCUGCAACGAGCUGCGGCGUUUGCCGCCGGAGCUGGGCCAGCUGGAAUGCCUGCGGGACUUGAAACUGAGGAGGAACCAGCUGACCUCCUUGCCCGAAGAAAUCUCGGAGCUCCCUCUGGUCCGCCUGGAUGCGUCCUGCAACCGCAUCACCCAGGUGCCCCUGUGCUACCGCCACCUGCGCCACCUUCAGAGCAUCUCUCUGGACAACAACCCGCUCCAGAUGCCCCCCGCGCAGAUCUGCUCCAAGGGCAAAUACCACAUCUUCAAGUAUCUCAACAUGGAGGCCUGCAAGCGCAGCCAGGAGGAGCUGGAGAGGCACCUGCGGCCCACCGGCUUCAACGGCUGUUUGUCUGACCAGGAGCUGUUCGGGGGGCCGGACUCGGGUUUCAACAGCGUGGACAGCGGCAGCAAGAGGUGGUCCGGCAACGAGUCGGCAGAUGACUUCUCGGAACGCUCCCUCCGCAUUUCUGAGCUCAGCAGAGACCAGAGAAACCUCGAAGAGGAAGAAAGGGAGGACGACGACGACGAGGAGGAGGAAUCUCCUGUCGAAGCCAACAAAGUCAACGGCCGAGCGGGUGACGGCGGCGUGACGGAGGAAGAGGAGGAGGACAUGAAGGCGGAGCGUCCGGCGGCCCUGGCCGCGCCGGGGCCCAAGGAGAGAACCGCUUUGUCCAAUAACAAGGACGCUGCGAUACACCGGUCCAGUCUUCAUGUGGAAGUUUCUGCCCCAGCGCAGCCGCCGCUGUUGGCCUCGCCGUCACCCCAGUCCCCCUCCAGCCCCACCACGGAAGAGCGCCGCCGGCCAGGAACGCUGCUCAUCUGGCAGGAGCGAGAGCGCCAGCAGCAGCAGCAGCAGCAGCAGCAGGGGGAGAAGGCCAGCUUGCUGAAGUCAUUCAGUAAAACAGGAAGUCUUGUGGCCUCUGCAGCGCCGACAGGAAGUAGUCGCUCCGACGGCCCGUCUCCAGAAGGCAGUCCCUCCCACGGCGCCCUCCGAACCGGACGCGCAAGCACCGAACAUGCCGCCGCUCCGUGUUCUCUUCAACGCACCAGGAGCGGAACAGAGGGAGCGGCGUCUCCGCCCUCAGCGCCGAACCAGAAACCCAACAGCUUCCUUUUCCGCACGUCGUCCCGCAGCAACGUCCGACCCGCAGGUGAGGGCCGAAUAAACCCAAGCGGUGAGCUCAGCAAGAGCCGGCCGGCGAUGCCGCUAUCUGCGUUGUCCGCAGGUUUGCCCUUCAGCGAGAUGAGCAGGAGCGAAUCCCGCGCCACCGUGCGCUCGCCCGACCAAGAAAGCGCAGACGCCGCGCAGCUCCGCAAGACGCUGGAAGCGCGCCUGAAGAUCACGCUCGGCGAGGACCUGGCGGAGGCGCUGUGCGACGGCACCGUCCUCUGCCAGCUGGUCAACAGUGUUCGAGCGCGCUCUGUGUCCAUCAUCCACGUUCCGUCCCCAGCUGUGCCCAAACUGAGUUCAGCCAAGUGUCGACUCAACGUGGAGAAUUUCAUCGCUGCCUGCCGCAAGCUGGGCGUGCCCGAGACGGACAUGUGUGUGUGCUCUGAUGUGCUUCUGUCUAAGCCGCCCCGCGUGUUGAGCUGCGUCGAGGCCUUGCUGGGCCUGGAGGACGGACCCCCGCAGUCCCCGCUGCUGGCCGGAGAUUUCCUGCUCUUCUACUGCGCCGCCAUGGCUCUGCUCUACGUCGUCUACUACUACCUGCUAGCCUAAGCAACCCCCCCCCCCCCCACACACACACACACAAAGCACUGAAAUGCCUUCGCUUAGCCUUGUACCACGUAGAAAACCACUACAGGUCCUGCAUUUUCUCCCGAGAAUGUCCGUUUUAUACAGGGUGACAACUUAGUGUUAAGAUUUUUUUUUCUCUUUUAUUUGUAUUUUUUGCACUGCUUGGGUCUUGGAAAAAAGGAAGUGAGCAUCCUAAAAGGGGCCGUGUGAGCUGAAGAUGAACUGUGAAUGUCUACUUUAAGAUCGGUUUUACUAUUUCCAACAUGUACAAAUGAGACCCGAGUGCCUCCAAACCGAAAAGACUUUGACUAGUGUCCAAACUCUAAAGGUACAAACCACACACACACACACACACACAUAUAUACACACACACACAUACACACGCGUGUGUAUGCUUAUAAAGAUUUUUGUUCCAACAUGUCAGUGAUGUUUGACGACCAGCUGACUUUGUAUAAAUGUAAAGAGAAUAAUAUAUAUUUUUUAUAAUUUGAAGUUCGUUUUGUUGGUUUUGUUGCAAGGUUUUUACUAAAACACUCGCAAAAGCUUCCGAAGGGAAAUUAAACGUGAUCAAUAUUGCACCAUUUAGGCUUAAAAUAACCGAAAGAUUGAUUUGGUUUAUUUUUUCCCUUUUAUUUUGCCAUGAGUAAAUCCUUGAUCCCCUCCACAGAGUCUCCCGUGUCUAGUUGACAAACACGGCCUUACUGCACAUUUGAAACGCUUCUGAAACAUUUCUGCAUUGAUGACAAGUUCAAAUGGAUGACACAAAAAAAAACCCAAAACAAAUUCAGUCCAGCUAUCGAUAUGUGUGCGCCGCCCAUUAUCCACUCAGGCCGAUUUCCAAUCCGACAAUCGGUCUUUUGCUGACUUGGAUCCCAAGUGGGGCAAAAUGGUCAAAGCGAGCCCGAUGCUCCGUAUGUGCACCUAAUGUAUCUGCCGUACUGCGCGUAGACAGUUAAGGUCAGUGAAGUCGCUGCACUGUUUUGUAUCGAUACCAAGGUCAAACGGAUGACCACUGCUGUACGUGGAUUUCUCGGCUUUCUCCAUUUGUCCCGUUAGCUCGGCUGUCUCCCGCUGCUGUUUUUCGACUGUUCGGUCUUUGUUUUGGCCUACUGUUUGCAUUCUAUGUAUGAAUUCAAAAUGUCUAUUUUUUCAGUCGACCUGGCCCUUGCCGCCGGUUUCCAAUUGAACUCCGAAAUAUGUCCAUAGAGCAAAAAUUCCCAGCUAUCUCUUAUAUAUUUAUACGCUUUUGAGACUCCCUUUUUCAAGUUUCUACAAAUAGAUUUGCUACAUUUGUUCUCCCCUCCUGUUGUGAAGAAUGUAUUAAAAAUGGACUUUGACAUG